AUGGCAGUCGAAAAUCCCACCACCACUACCAAGCCGAAAGUCCUCCUCACAGGUGCGAACGGCUACGUGGCAGCGCACGUCCUGAAGCAACUGGUAGAAGCAAACUAUCAUGUUACCGGCACCGUCCGGUCUGAAGAAAAAGCCAACCUAAGCCGCUCCUUCAAUCCCGAGUACGAAGGGAGCGUCAGGUUUAUUGUCCUGCCAGACUUCACCAAGCAAGAGUCCUGGGACCAGAUAUUCAAAGAGACCGAAUACGACUAUGUCGUCCACACCGCCGCCCCGCUGAUGUCAGAAGAAAACACGGACUUUGAUAAGCACUACUUGAAGCCGAAUGUUCAGGGGUAUGGUUCGCUCUGCCUUUUUUUUACACGAAGGAGUGUGCAGUGCUGA